AUGAUGGACCAUGGUGGUUUCUUCACAAUUGAGUUACCACCAAUGCAACAUGGUGAAACUUGGUAUACAGGACAUCUUUUGUAUAAAUGUAUGAAGUUUGGUGCUUACACUAUACUUGGUUGUCGUACAAGAAAAGGUCGACCAAUGAUUAUUAGUGAAACAUAUAUUGAUGAUUUCAUCGUUCAUCAAUGCUUUGAAGAGAAUUCCAAAAUAUAUUAUCGAGAAUCUCUAUGUGACAUGCCAGGACAACCAUUAUGUGGUUCAUUUGAAGAAAAUUCAUCAAAAAUAGCAAUAGUUGCUUUAUUUGACCGUAUCAAUCAAACUGGUAAUUAUCCAUCGGUGGCUAAUUUAUCGCAAGACUGGAAGAUUGUUAAUUCAUAUGGAACAACAAUACCAUUAAAUCGUAUUGAAGUUAUUAAUUCAUAUCCGCUAAAUUUAAUAUCUACAGCAAAGAUUAGGAGAAAAAUUAAACGACAAACAGAUAUGAGUAAUGAUAAGAUGAUAAAAAGGUAUGUAUGA